AAACUGUCACAUGUUGCCACUUAGGGCAGAGAGAACGGUAGUUCUCGCGAGAACAGCGCGUUGUUGAUGCUACGGAUAGCAUAGCUAGCGCUCAGCCGGGCUACCUAGAUUUUCUGCAGUACAUUUCGUUUCUGCUGGACUGCGAUGGACGCUCUCGGAGUCCUGGACGAGGCAGAGAGGCCACGCCAUCAUCCUUUCUUGAUCGGCGUCAGCGGAGGAACCGCGAGCGGCAAGUCUACAGUUUGCGCCAAGAUCAUGGAGCUGCUGGGACAGAACAAGGUGGACCACCGCCAGCGGAAGGUGGCCAUUAUAAGCCAGGACAGCUUUUACAGAGUCCUGACUCUGGAGCAGAAGGCGAAGGCGCUGAAGGGCCAGUACAACUUCGAUCACCCAGAGGCGUUUGACAAUGAGUUAAUGUACAAAACCUUGAAGGACAUUGUGGAGGGAAAAGUGGUUGAAGUGCCAACGUAUGACUUUGUCACCCAUUCCAGGUUGGAAGACAGGAUCACAGUUUACCCAGCAGAUGUGGUCCUCUUUGAGGGGAUCCUGGUUUUCUACCCCCAGAAAGUGCGUGAUAUGUUUCACAUGAAGCUCUUUGUGGACACAGACUCAGACGUCAGACUCUCUCGCAGAGUUCUGCGAGACAUGAACAGAGGGAGAGACCUGGAGCAGAUUCUCACGCAGUAUACGACGUUUGUCAAGCCUGCUUUUGAGGAAUUUUGUUUGCCUACUAAGAAGUAUGCAGAUGUCAUCAUUCCAAGGGGAGUUGACAAUAUGGUGGCCAUCAACCUCAUCGUGCAGCACAUUCAGGACAUUCUGAACGGAGACAUCUGCAAAUGGCAGCGCGGGUCCAUCAACAGCCAUGGGCGGGGCUUCAAACGGGCCAUUUCUGAGCAAGGUGACCUGCAGAACGGAACCACUAAUCCUCCGGGAAAGAGGGUCCUGCUGGAGCCCAGUAGUCGGCCUCACUGAGACAGGCGGGUGGAUGGAUGUGUCCAGGCUGUGAAGAUGAGCUUUGAGUUGGGAUUGCUGCUACUGAUUUGUGCAGAGUGGGUCAGCAACUGUGAUGCCAGCCUCGGCCCUCUGCAGCCUUUUUAAAAAUAAAUAUAUAUAUAUAUAAUACACACAGUAACAAUGUUGCAAACAUUCAGUGCUGCAACCUCUUUGUAAUUUUACUGUAAUUAUCGUUCCAAAACAAAUAUGCUAAUAGUUUGCUUUUCAUGUUAACAGUCUUCCAUGACACUUUCAUUUUUUCAGUGUUAACUGUGGUUAAACGACCUGUUACUGAAAUGGAAGGUUAUAUAGUCGAGGGUAGGAGGCGUUAUUUAAAUGUUUAAUUUCACCCAUGCUUUUGCACUUUGAGCUUGAUCUUAUAAUUAUACUAGCUUUGGCUUUUUUGUUGCUUUAAUGGAGAUUAAUAUAUUUAAAUUAUAUUAAUACUAAUGUGUUGUAGUGACCUUGUCGCCUUCCAUGUUUGUGUUUUUAAUAACUUAUUAAAAUCAAAUUAGGUCCAGCUGUGCGGUCCUGUAGUGUCACACCUAGUUUGGAAUUGAGUGCUUCGUUUUGCUUAUUUAAUGUUGAAUACAUGCCUUAACUUUUUUUAUGUUAAUUUUCCACGCACAAUUCUGUAUAACAAUAAAUGC